UGUGGUAAACGCUCACUAACGCGCACCAGUGCGCAUCCGCUGCACACUUUUCCCUGUGUACACUUGGGAUAAUGUACAACGGGACAACUUAUCCAACUGGAUAUGCUCUGCGGUAUCUAAAGAUGGAUCAGACCGUGGUUCUCCUCCUGUGUCGCUGAUUCUCCUCCUCUGAUUUAACACUCUGAGCUCUUCAACGGAGCCGUUUGCGCGUCCUGUGUGUUGGGGAGGUGUCGGCUGGUCGCGUUGAGUCUUCAAAUCCAAAUUUGGAUGUUUAUUGGUGACUAUUUUUCAAACCUUUCGUCCAAAUGACUGAGCUCUGGUGCAGCCAGAGACGUGGCUCCCCACUCGGGAAGCCUAAAGUUUGAAGGGUGCCGGGGUGUUUCAGGCUCUCCGUCUCCCACCUUUCACUGGAUUUGCAGUCACCCAUAAAUUGCCACAAACAGCGGAUAUCUAAUCUGUCUCCGCGCGCGCUGGGAUACACUCGACUUGGAUUUUACACCGUCUGGAUUUCACCCGCAUCCAAAUCAUGAAGACCGUUAUUAUUGAUGGAGGGCGACUCCUGUUUCUGGUGAUGUGGCUGAACCUUGUGCCUCAAACUGACAGCUGCCCUGCCAAGUGUGUGUGCUACAGCGAGCCUCGGCCCACUGUGGCCUGCCAACAACAAGGACUGUUCUCCAUCCCUACUGAGAUCCCUGUGCGGAGCCAGCGGAUAUUCCUCCAAAGCAACAAGCUCACAGUGGUGAGGUCCACCAGCUUCAGCUCCUGCCACAAUCUCACUGUUCUGUGGCUGUACUCCAACAACAUCAGCUACAUUGAAGCUGGAGCUUUUUAUGGCUUAGAAAAGCUAGAGGAAUUGGACAUUGGAGACAACAGUAAUCUACGCACCAUCAGUCCUACAGCUUUUCGGGGCUUAACAAAGCUGCACACCCUCCAUCUGCACAGGUGUGGCCUGUCAGAGCUCCCCAUUGGGGUUUUCCGAGGAAUGUUCUCCUUACAGUACCUUUACCUGCAGGACAACAACAUUCUAACCCUGCAUGAUGACACUUUUCUGGACCUUGCCAACCUCACUUAUCUCUACUUGCACAAUAACAAGAUCAAGAUAGUGACAGACAACAUGUUUCAUGGAUUACUCAAUUUGGACCGGCUACUACUACAUGAGAACCGGGUUAUCUAUGUCCAACCCAGAGCUUUUAGUGAUCUUGGUAAGCUGAAAUCCCUGUUCUUGUUCUUCAACAAUCUUACCGUCUUGUCAGGGGAGGUCAUGGACCCACUGGUAUCCCUCCAAUAUUUGCGUUUAAAUGGUAACCAGUGGAUCUGUGACUGCCGAGCGAGGACCUUAUGGGACUGGUUCAAACGUUUCAAAGGUUCAAGCUCUGAGCUGGAGUGCAACGUUCCCGACUUCCUGGCAGGUAAGGACUUAAAACGUCUUAAAAGUGAAGACUUGGAGGGGUGCGUGGAAAUGCCUCAAAUCCAGACCGGACUCUUCAACUCGAAGGCACAGUCUGGGAAAUUACAUUCAACUGAAAAUCCUCUGGGGGAAACAAUCCCAAGGUGUUGUCUUGGAGAUAAUGACAAGUCCUCUAUCUUGUCUGGCAAGAGCCGCCAAAUCACUAACAACCGCCUUAAAGAGAAGGAGAACAUGUCCAAGACAAAAUUCAAAGAACCAGGAAGAACAAAAAAUGAGACCCAGAACAAGCAGAAUGAUGGACCACUCGGCACCUUGUCCAACACCCUGGAUGAGUCUUUGGAUAAUGUAGACCCUGGCCUCAUAGACAACCUGGAAUCAUCUACAGCUUCAAAUAAAAAGAAAAAGAAGUGUAUCAAAAAGCCUAAAUCAGACAACCAAUGCAACAAAAGCGAGGCUACUACCCUACAAGCUCUUCAAUUUUUCUUCAUUCCCUUGAUCUGGAUAUCUCUAGCCAUGUCUUAGGACAGCGGAUCUCACUCUGAAUACAGGACUCAAGAUUGUUGAUGCUCAUGACAAUGAUACAGAAGAUGCAGUGACAUCUACAACAGGCAGUGACUGAGAAGCAGAGAGUCUGAAUGGCCCAACACGGGUGAGGACAAACAAUAAUGAAGACAUUACAGUACAUUUAACAUAAUGGAUGCCUUUACAGAACACUACAGAUCCAAUGUAUAUAAUGAAAUGGUGCCCAAAUUUGUUUGUUCUCUAUGUACUUAACUGUACUGUGUCUAAGCUAAACUUCAGAGACUCCUCCCCUUUUCCCUCCUAAAAGCUUUUACCGCUUAGACAGGACACCGGAAGACUGAACAAAAGACAAAUAUAAAAAAUAAAUAAAAAAAAAGGAAGUCAGAGACAGGGUGCACACAAGAAUGUUGGGUCUGUUCAAUAAAGAUAAAUGAUCUCCUCCCAUUAUUUAAUAAAAGUGAUGCAUUUGUUGGGUAAUGUUAUGUUUUUUAUGUUUCUAAAAGCAAAUGUUUUUCCUUCCCCAGUUUCGGUUGUAUUUUCAUGACAGAAAGGGUGAAUCGAUCACAUUUACGAAGAAUGCUCACAGUUUGUUUAUGGAAAUUGCAAAGGAACCAUAGAUAUGCAUUUUAUUUUACUUGUGUACAAGUAUGAAUAUAUUAUGAAUAAAAGUUCUUAUUUCGUA